AUGCGAAUCCCGAUCAGAGUCCAGCUCGGCAGCUUGAUACUUCUUGCUUCACUAAUUGGACUUGCCGUCAUCUCAAUCGCAGUAUGGAUUACCACACACAACUUCGUCCUCCGAUUACGGGCCGAGCGCCUUGCCCAGACAGCGUCCCUCAAAGCCGCCCAGCUGGCUUCCAACCUCGAUGUCAUGCAGACGAGUGCUGGUUUUGUCAGCUCAAGAGUUUUGAUUCAGAAUGCAUUGAAACGGUACAACGAUGUUGGUAACAACACAUCCGAGAACUGGGCCAAUUCGUUAGCAGACUUGCAAGCUGCCAUAGGAGGCGAGAGUUCCCAAGGACAAUCACUCUUGCUGCAGGCUAGAGUGUACGGAAAGAAUGCUACAGGUGUCGGUGGUCCUUAUGGAUUGCUCAAUGCCACGGCACAGAAUAUCAUGGGGGAGAUCCCACUUCCGUACCAAUACCCAAACGGAUCACAAGUCACGCUCGGCGAUGACGAGCUCGGCUAUCCAACCCAACUGUACCCCAAUCUGACUUAUUCGGUCGCUCCCAACGAUGUGGGAGUUUCCGUCCCCGAAGCUUCCUACGGCAAUGUUGUUUUGCAACCUGGAUCACCUAGCACAACCUUCACGCUGGUCCUAGGACCCUGGCCUGUCAAUGACACCUUUUCCAUGGUUUCGCUGACAAUGCCGAUCGUGAAUAACACAAACACUACGGACCUGUUGGGCUGGCUGACAGUGGCCAUGGACGCCAGGUUGAUCUCGGCGGUGAUAGACUCUCGCGAGGGACUCGGCAAUACUGGAGAGACCUUGAUCUUGGGGCCGGCCAAUUCAUCCAACGUUUUCGCGAGCAGUGUGAUGGAGAAUGCAGAACACGAUCAGCAGCAAGAUCUUCAAGUUCGGUACAUCGUUCCUCUCAACGAUACGUAUCACUCGCGCCAUCCAAACCAUGUGCAAGGUACACCCAAUGCAGCUUUCAACUCUACCGAAUACCCUGUCAUCAACAAGGCCCUGGAAGCCGCCGCUCGCAACGCAUCCGAUAACUCUGGAGGGACAGUGAAGGCCAAAAACGAAGCCAAAGUUCCAGUCUCCGUUGGCUACGCCCUGGCUGAUACUUCCAUCGUCAACUGGGUCGUUAUUGUCGAGCUGUCACGGAAAGAGGUGUGGCAGCCCAUCAAUCAGCUCAGGGACGUGAUUCUGGCCUGUGUUUUUGCAACAGCAGGACUCAUGGCGGUCAUUGCGUACCCUUUGGCGCAUUUUGCCAGCUUACCUAUCGUGAGGUUGCGGCAGGCCACUAUACGGUCCGUCGAGCCCCCGGGGUCACAGAGUCGCUCAAGCUUUGGCUCCAUGAUGGCGCCGACAAAUGACGGCCCAAACGAAGAAGAGACUGUUGUGAUGGCUAGAAAGGAAGGUAUCACCUUCGCUCAUUCCAUCACGCGAUGGAAACAGAAACGUCAGGAAAGCUACAACGCGCGGCGCGAGGAGAGAAGAAAGCGAGCAUUCCGCAUUCCUGCAAAGGUCAAGGAACGAAAGUAUUGGAUUCGUGACGAGUUGUCGGAGCUGACGUCUACAUUCAAUGAGAUGUCAGACGAACUCAUGAUGCAGUAUUCGAAGCUUGAGGAUCGCGUACAACAACGAACGGCAGAACUAGAACAGAGCAAGAAGGCCGCAGAAGCCGCAAACGAGAGCAAAACGCUCUUUAUUGCCAACAUUAGCCACGAGCUGAAGACGCCACUAAAUGGGAUUCUCGGCAUGUGCGCAGUCUGCAUGCAGGAGGACGAUCCAAUACGCCUGAAGCGCUCCUUGGGGAUCAUCUACAAGAGUGGAGACCUUUUGCUGAAUCUUUUGACGGACCUGCUUACGUUCAGCAAGAAUCAAGUCGGGCAAUCUCUCAGUCUGGACGAGAGAGAGUUUCGACUACGCGAUAUCAGCUCGCAGACUCUUGCGAUCUUCGACAAGCAGGCGAAAGAGAGCAACAUAAAGCUGAAGGUGGAUUUUGAUGGUAUCAACCAGUUUGGCAACGAAGAUUCAAAGCCCGAGCGCAAUGAGCAAGGCCCUCCAGGCACUGGGCGAAUCCGAGACAUGGUGUUGUGGGGCGACGUUCAUCGCAUACUUCAGGUUGUCAUCAAUUUGGUGUCAAAUGCUCUCAAGUUCACCCCGGCCGAUGGGUCUGUUGUUCUGACUAUUCGAUGUUUGCCAGAAAUUCCCGAUCUCGGCAGCCGCAAGUCAUCAUUCAACUCGAGGCAAUCAAGACAGCGCUCAUCACGGCAUAGAGCGUCCGACGGGAUGUCGACGAUUUCGAAGAUACAUACGGCCAACGCAAUCAACGCAAAAGACAAGCCGCACGCUCUGGCAUGCGUGUCAGCAAGUGAACGAGCAUCGUCGCCACCUCCCGGCCGUUAUGUGUAUUUCGAGUUCGAAGUGGCAGACACUGGGCCUGGCAUCCCAGACACUUUGUUGGACAAGAUCUUUGAACCCUUCGUCCAGGGCGAUCUCAGCUUGAGCAAGAAAUUUGGCGGAACCGGCCUCGGGCUCAGUAUCUGCUCGCAGCUUGCAAACCUCAUGCGUGGGACAAUGAGAGUCCAAAGCACGCUCGGAUUGGGAAGCAGGUUCACCAUGAAGAUUCCCCUGAGACAUACUCAGACUCGAUCAGACAGUUCGGCCAGCUCUGCCGUGGAUCGCAUGGACAGUAUCAGUCGAACAUCUUCGAUAGACGAUAUCGAAGGGUUGCUUGGACAUGCUCCCCCUGAAUACGACGAAAAAGCUUCGACACCUCCAGAACUACAUCAACCUCCACGACAAGCAGUCAACGGCAGCAUGGGGAGUGACUCACAACCACGUCUUGUAGGUCUGAGCCAACCAUUCUUUGCUGCCAGUCAGCCUAUGGAAUCGCCUGGAUCUCAGCCCGCCGCCAUGCAACAGAUAGCUUCUCAAGCAACACGUGGCGCGCGGAUCCGUGUCUUGGUAGCCGAGGACAACAAGGUGAACCAAGAAGUCGUUCUUCGGAUGCUCAAACUUGAGGACAUAUACGAUGUCACAAUCGCUAAGGACGGCCAAGAAGCUCUUGACCUUGUGAAGGAGUCGAUGCGUGGUGACGACCCUCAUCCUUUCAACCUCAUCUUCAUGGACGUGCAGAUGCCAAACGUCGACGGGCUUCAAAGUACGAAGCUGAUCCGAGAAAUCGGUUAUCAAGCGCCAAUCGUCGCCCUGACGGCCUUCGCUGAAGAGAGCAAUGUGAAGGAUUGUCUUGAUUCCGGCAUGAACUACUUCUUGUCGAAGCCGAUCCGCCGGCCGCAGUUGAAGAAGGUGCUGAAAGAAUACUGUGCGCCUAUACCGGAAGAGACCGAAGACGCGACGCCGCCCGAGGAACGCAGAGGCAGCGGUACGAACACGACGAUAGUAUUGAAUGCUCAGCCAGCUGGUACCACUGCAGGUCCUCAGUUAUCAACGACCUCCUUCGAGAACUCGGCCCGUUCUUCGAAGCCCCCUUCCACGAACGGGGAUCACAGGCCGGUCUCUCCUCGAUGUGUAGCAUGA